AAAAAGCGGUAAAUCAUAUUUAUCCAACCUGAGCCACCAGCGCGAAUCACAACACAACAGUUUUACAAAAGUUAAAAUUAUUUUUUUCAUUCUUUCUGUUUGUGACACAAUUUAAUUAAUACUUGUUUGCAAUUCGAACAUGAGCAGGAACAAACUACACACUACCGCUUAUGACAAAAACAUUGUUGAGCUGCUCUUUAAACUUAAUCAAAAUGACAGUACACCGAACCCAGCAUUGUGGCAAAAAAUAGCGAAAGCACUUCAGCGACAAGAUUGCAUUGUCGAGUGGAAAGAAAUAGCCAAAUACUUUCGUACUACUCUGGUCUUCAGAAUGCCGCAACUAACCGACAAUCAGAACUUGAUCGAUCGUUGGCAGUACCCUUACCUAAAACGGGUGUACUCAAUUACCGUUCGAUACAACAAUGUCGAAUGCACACGAGACAACAGAUGCCACGAAACCGUUAUCAAAGAUCACAGGCUUUUCAUCAAAUAUGACACCGAUGCGACGUUCGAUCCAGAUGUGGUCAACGUUUUUAAGCGAUAUCGCUGGAAGGGCACACGUCAAUUUAUCGAUAUUAACGUUAAGGAUCCUAGAUAUAAACUCACGGAAGGAGAAAAAUGCAUACUGAUUCAGCUGGAUGAACAACGAAAAAGAAACAAACAUGUUGAUUCAGACGGAAGAAACGAUCAUCCUUCGUGCAGUACAGCACAGUUAGGAUCUCCCACGAUAGCAAGAAAACAAACUGAAUCUAUCUGUACCGGUUCUCCAGUCAUCCUAGAUGGAGUUUCGGUCCAAAUUGAUAACAACAGUCAACCCAAAUCGGAUGGUUCAGCUUGCGAUCUUUUGGAAAAGGAGUCCUUAAUCGUCAACACGCAGCAGUACGAUAAAAUUAUUAAGGAAUCACUGGAGCAAGAACUACUUCCUCCUCCGUCGGGUAAUGAAAUCGGUUCAAAUCAAAGUAGUGAGCAGCAUAGCAUCGUUUGGAUCAGCACGGAUGCAAACGUGUCUUAUGUUUCGCAGCAUACUAGCGAUCCGUUGCACGUUUCAAUAGUUCAAGAGCAUUGUUCUGGUACUUCUCCCAUGGAUGCAAGUGAUCGGACGAACCCAUACUCUGGAUCGACGGAAACUCCUCACGUGCCGAAACUACCCGAAGACUUUUUUACCGACGACAGUGAGUCGGAGGAAGCUUCGGAAACCGCAGAAGAGGACGAUGUCAUAGUGUUAAACAAUGAGCCUAAUGUUACUAACUCUUCCAGUGGCAGGGAGACUGUGGUUUCAUCGCUUAAUUCAGUAUCCAAGACUGCACUGUGCACAGAAGCUUCCAGUGCAAAUAAUAGUCGUGGCAAUGAUGAAUCUUUGAUUAACCAAUGUCCGUCUAGUAAUAGAAGUACCACGGAAAACCAAGAAACUGCAAAACUUGGAUCGAUGGUUGCAACACCAACGACGGAAACUCCUCACGUGCCGAAACUACCCGAUGACUUUUUUACCGACGACAGUGAGUUGGAGGAAGCUUCGGAAACCGCAGAUGAGGACGAUGUCAUAGUGUUAAACAAUGAGCCUAAUGUUACUAACUCUUCCAGUGGCAGGGAGACUGUGGUUUCAUCGCUUAAUUCAGUAUCCAAAACCGCACUGCACACAUCAGAAGCUUGCAGUGCAAAUAAUAGUCGUGGCAAUGAUAAAUCCUCGAUUAACCAAUGCUCGUCUAGUGAAAGAAGUAACACGGAAAACCAAACAACUACAAAACUUGUAUCGAUGGUUGCAACACCAACGACGGAAACUCCUCACGUGCCGAAACUACCUGAUGACUUUUUUACCGACGACAGUGAGUUGGAGGAAGCUUCGGAAACCGCAGAUGAGGACGAUGUCAUAGUGUUAAACAAUGAGCCUAAUGUUACUAACUCUUCCAGUGGCAGGGAGACUGUGGUUUCAUCGCUUAAUUCAGUAUCCAAAACCGCACUGCACACAUCAGAAGCUUGCAGUGCAAAUAAUAGUCGUGGCAAUGAUAAAUCCUCGAUUAACCAAUGCUCGUCUAGUGAAAGAAGUAACACGGAAAACCAAACAACUACAAAUCACAUCCAAAAUGAAAGUCAUGCUCAGUACGAUGAUCACCAACCACAGUCUCCGGAUUCUACGUAUAUUCCUAAAGAUCCGUCGAAUAGUGUUGACGCAGCAGGUCCAGAAGAGCAUCGACGCCUGGACCCGGUAGCGAACGAUUUAUUCACCGGCAGCGCGGAUUCAGGUGUUAACAGCCGUUCCAGUACGCCUGCAGGAAGCCACACUGAAAACGAACGUAUCACGGAUCACGCCACUGACAGUAUGGAAAUAGCAAACAACCGGACAUUUUCGGAACUAGAACAACCUUUAUCUGAAGCAAUAUCGAACACGAAUGUUUCUGAAAUCAACACGGAAUUAAAGCAAGAAGCAGGGCGCUUCAAUAGAAGCGUCAACGACGACUCGAUAACGGAAUCGGUGGUAAAACAGGAACUCAGUAUUUCGAUUUCUAUUUAUAGCCUAGCGAAUGAUGGAGUAGAAUUUGAGUCGGAACUGGAAGCUGUCGGAGAACACGAGCGUUCUGAGGCGCCAUCGGUGGCAGAACCCUCCUCCUCUUCUGGUUCACUACCUUGGGAAACAAUUCAUAACAUGCUGCAGCCAAUCAUGAGUCGACGGAGUUUGCUGAACAAUGUGCUGCAACUUUCCCGACCACAACUGUAUAGGAGAGAAGCGAAUUCCCCCCCUCUGAAUGCUCUGGAACUAUUUCCAAUCGUCCGGUUUAUCCUGUUUCCCAGCGCAGACACAGUCGAUUUCCCACGGCAAGUGUUCCUUCGGGAACUGGCCUAUAGCCUAACCAGUCGAAUACUGCUAGGGGAAGACCACAGCGGUCUGAUUAGUAUGUCAGCGCUUUUGUUUCCCGUUUACGUCGGUGCGGAUGCUGCCACCAGCAGUCAACGAGUUUCAACUGACAGAAAUUCAAACAAACGAUUCCGAGCUCGGCAAACUUGCACGUGCCAGAACCGACCGCUAUCGUCCGAUUCCGACGGCUCAUCCGACUCAGACGAAUACGCGAUUAAUCUGAAACUAUCAAUUCCAAAGCGCAAGAAACGUAAGAGAACCCAACAACCUCGUUGAAUGCCAAUGUACCCUCGCUGCCAAAAAAAAAUUCUCCUCACUCAACGUUCAACCUGUGAUUAUAAUAAUACUACUGUUAGAAAAGAAAAUAAUAUAGAACACGUUAUUUAAAUAUUUCAU